CAAACAGCUGUCUUCAGCGCACAAGAACAAGAAAUUUCAUGCGUUUUGAAUUGGCGAAUCCAUUUCAAGAGUUGUAAUUUUACCUGAGAUGUCCAAUAACUUUUAAUUUAUUUAAUAUUAGACGAAGAACUGGAAAAGUAUUCCACUGAACAUGCCGCGACGCUGCCAGAGAGCUCUUGAGUUGGCCAAUUUGAGUGCCAAACUAAAUAUUAAGUCUGAAGAAACAAGUGAUAAUGAUUCUGACUCUGAAAUGGAUUUUCCGGAUGAUCAAGAGGCAGAAGAUAAGAAUGAAGAAGCCAAGAAUCAACCAGAACACAUACGUUUGACUCUGGAAAACGUUCCGCAUUUCUGCAAACCGAAUGUAAACACUGGGAUGCUGGGUCAAACGGUUUACAAUCAGAAAGAGUGUGAGUCGCAGGUUUUUCCAGACUGUAUGGUGACGGUGCCAAUUCCGGUUUUCCUCGCUGAAGAUGCACAAACUCCUCGCCUGGAAGCGUGCGCCCAAAGACCGUAUGCGCACGAGGAAUAUUCGCGGCAAUUGUACUUCUACAGGUCUAUAUUCGAUAAGCGAACCAAAAAGAUGAAGCAGCGGGAACAAAAACAAGAGCAAAGAAUCUACGAUGUGAGUCUGUUUGAUAUGGCCGAACAUAUUGCACGACAGGAGAACCCCUUUUUCCGGGACAGCUAUGAUUACUACUACACAGGUGGAAACCUCAACACGCUCCCGUUGGAGGGAGGUGGCCAGUUGGCCAUGCAUGUGAAUGGAGAUAAGUUGAAGAAUCUGCACUUCUCAGAGAUUAAUAGUGAGGCCGAAAUAUGGCAACCAUUGCAUUCGGCCAAGGUACAGGAGGCCACUAGCGAAAUCUUUGAACUCCUUCCCCUAAAAAGUUGGCAGGCGAAUUCCAGCAACACGUUCCUGGCACGCUGUUUAAACGAAGUAUUCUUGUACGAACUAAAAAGCAAAGAGGAACAGGAGUCUGAAGAUUACGAACUGGUUAGCCUGAGCAAGUUUAGCAGCCAAGGAGCUACAUUUGUAAGUGCCUCACAAUCAAUAGGUAAUGCUAGUACCUUGGCUUUGGCUUGCCAAGACCGUUCUUUGCGCUUCGUGGACAUCACAACCCAACAGGAUAUAGCCAAACACGAUAUUCGCUUGCUAAAAUCACUCAAACAAACUACGAGCAACUGGGCUCAACUAGUGCCAGCAGACGGCAGCACCUUUCACUACCUCUCUCAGCCUGUUCUAAUUACCGUGGAUGUGAGAUGCGAUCAGCCACCGAAUCCUUGCUUUGCCAGCGGCGUGCACUCCCUAAGCUGCGAGAACCUAACUUGUAUGACCAAAAGUGUGAAUCCCAAUCUUCUCUAUGUGGGUAGUAACCACAAACUGCACUGUUUGGACAUAAGAUGUUUGGGAAAGAAACUGGCCGAUCGUGCUGUGGUCACCUGGACUCAUCAAAUGCAUUAUCCGCCCAGUUUUAUUGACACAUUCGCUUUCGAAGGCAAUGAAUAUAUUGCUUUAGCUGGUGUUUUACCUAGUGAUCUGCGGAUUUGUCAACUGAAUGGAUGUCUUGCAAAUACAGUAGAUGAAAUGUUCUCGCCCGCAAUACCCUUUUCUCCGCCCACCUUAGAAGAAGCUUUAAGCGAUGCUCGUUUAAGGGGUUUCGUGGAUGUCUACGCUGAUCUUCCCGAGCGAAUAAAAUCAUGUACUACAGGAUUACGCUUUCAUAAACUGGAGAAUGCUAGUGAUAAUGCUUUUGCCCAACUACUAACCGCCAACAGCUUAGGAGAUGUCCAUUGCCAACGAUUAACGCUUAGAGAUGAAGAGGAGCACGUCCAGGAGAUCAGAACCGGUCGCCACACUGCAGAAGCUAUUAACUAUUAUGCAACUAUCGUCCAUGAACGCGUAAAGCGCCAGAGCCUUCGGUGCACCGAAGUUCAGUCGAUACCAGAAAUAAGGGACUUUUUUCGCGAAGCCGCCAAGAGAACAGAACCUGACGAAAAACCUCUUAUCAUAGAAGAAAUCGAAAUUGAUUAUGGGAUAAAAGAUACAGAUAAUUCAGAUGAUGAAAGCUCUGAAUCAGCAAAGAAAGACACUUCGACAGCCGAAGGAAAAGAUAAGAAGAAACCGAAAAAGAAAACUACAAAGAAAGCGAAGCAGCAACUGAGAAAGAAAACACCUAAUAAAGCAAACCAGAAAAAAUACAAAGGCAUAAACCGUGGAUCCUGGCAAAAGUCCGCUUACCAGAUGUCUCACUACACGGACUUCCUUUCGAUCCGUUUGCUGGAUGUGUGGGAUAUGGAGGAGUACGAUAACACACGUGACGUUGACAGGGAAAUGUUCCAUGAGCGCUUGAAGGACAAGGAACUUGAGCCAGAGCAUCGCAUGGCCAAUUGGCUGGACCAGUUGCCCAGCCAGCCAGUGGAAUCCAACGAAAACGAUGAGACGGGGGGAAAUCCCGAACUGGUACCCGGAACUAAUCUUCCCAAGCUUUACGACGCCACCUCAGCGGAGUACUCCCUGAUUUCAGCCAUUGAUGCUAAUGGGGAGAUUAAAGAGUCACCUUUUACUCCCAAAAAGGAACUGCCUCUCGCCUUUAGGCACGAUUUCCCGAUCUUGUUGCCCGGACAGAAUACUAUAAUCGAGCCCGAUCCUAAUCCCACGCCCUCUAAAAGACCCAAGAUUAUGCACAUCGCAGGAUUCUAACUUAAGUUAGUUUAGUUCUUUAUAAGUGUGCUACUCGAUUCAAGACUUUUGUAAAGUUGCUUUAUGUUUCAUUUGACUAUUUAUGCUGAUUUAAGAAGCAAAUUGAUUAAUUUUUAUAAAUAUGUAAACAU